UCUGUUUUUUUUUAUCAGCGCAGUUCACACUUCACAUAUUUUCUUGUCUGAUUAUUUUGUACAUGUAGUGUGAAUCGGGACGUACACUUUAUCAAGAAUUUCCGUUGUUCACACAAGAUAAAAUUACUUUUAGAAUUGGGCUGCCUCUAUCAAAAUAAUGAGCAGUCGAGGAACGCCUGACAGAAACCGCACUUCCAAGAAUUGAUCGGAGUUAUAACUGUUAUAAACGAGUUGUUUGCUGUAAUUAGCCUUCUUUUUGCUAUUUCUUCGCUUAAUCGUUAGUCGCCUUUUACUAUCAUCCUAAAACUAUUCAAAACUAUUGAAGAAUCAAAAUAUGGAGACUUCAAACUGGCAAACACAAUUUUCUACUCUCAGAGAACGUAGUAAGUACGCGUUCGCCAAUUCAUUGUUCUGUGAUGUCGAGUUCUCGGUUGCAGACGGCGAUGGAAACAAAGUCACCGUUCCAUCCAACAAGUACGUGCUGGCUACCACCAGUCCUGUCUUUGCUGCCAUGUUUUACGGUCAUCUAGCCGAGAAUAAACCAACUAUCGACCUACCAGACUGCACUAAGGAAGGACUACAAGAAAUGCUUCGUUAUGCACAUUGUGAAGAAGCCAAUCUAACCGGAAGUAACGUAAUGGAGUUACUCUACCUCGCCAAGAAGUACAUGAUGCCAUUCCUCGAAAAGAAAUGCAAAGAAUAUCUCGAGACUGAAGUUGGUCCAGAAGAUGUGUUCAUUGUUUUACCACAAGUACAGAAAAUGGGAGAUGAAGACCUUCAAGAACAUUUGUGGAAAAUUGUUAACAACCAAACUGAUCGAGCCAUUUCUUSUGAAUCAUUUCUGGAUGUAUCUAAAGAACUGCUUUGCCAAGUGCUCGAAAGAGACAAUUUUAGUGCAUCUGAAGUGCAUAUUUUCGAAGCUGUUGAUAAAUGGGCCACCAAGCAGAUUGAUGAAAGAGAAUUGGUUUGUGAAGGUGAAGCAAAAAGAGCCAUUCUUGGAGAAGAUCUCAUUCGAUUGAUUCGAUUUCCGCUUAUGUCUCAAAGGGAGUUUGUUGAAAUUGUACUUCCAAGUAAAAUUCUGAAUAUAGAUGAAAUAACAGAGGUGCUUCAAACUUUUAUUGGUAUAACUGCUGCUACCACAGUAUUUAAUAACAAAAGACGCUUGCCUGAAUCUUUCUUUGAACCGUUGAUAACUAAUUGUAGAUUUAAAAAGAUGGAUCUUCUUGGAUGGGGCUACAGCGGCGGAUUACCAGAUGCUAUAAACCUUACUGUUAACAAAGAUGUCAAUCUGGUUGGUGUGCGAUUAUUUGGCUGCGAAGGUUCCAACUACGAAGUAGGAUUGAAAAUCACCGACAAUUAUGAAUGCCUUGCCGAGUUAUCAUCCUCGUUCAUGAGUGAAGAGAUAGAUGGUUUGUGCUAUGGAUUCACGGUAACCCUUGAUAAACCUGUGCGUCUAGUCUYUGGUCAUGUGUAUAGAUUGGAAGCUAGAAUUAGUGGACCAGUCUCAUAUUAUGGAAUCGAUGGUCAGGAAAGUGUAGAUGCUGGAGAUAUUGUUGUAACUUUCUCUACUGCUUCUCCCCCUAAUAACGGUACUGAUGUUAUCCAAGGUCAGUUUCGUUCGUUUAUUCUACAACGUCUUUGAUUGGAAAGGGGAUACUUUGUAUUCUGAGAUGGUUUGAGAAGCAGAUAACAUAUAGUCGCAAAAAACACGAAUUAAUUCCUCACAUUUUUUGUUUUAAAGAAUAGAAUGUAGUUAUACUAAGUUAUCAGUUUUUACGGGUUGAAAACGUGAAAUAAUUUUCAAGGAAAAUGUCUCAUGGCGAGACUUGUUCGAUGCCCGCAAUAGUGUAUCUCGUAUAUUAGUAGUGUUUGCUCGUCAUUGAAUUCAAACCACAAUAUAUUUUGAAUAGAUUAAUUACGCAUGGAAACCCCGACAUUCUCUUCAGGCUCAAGACUGUGGACUAGGUCGUGGUGACGACAACGUUUUUUGAAAUAGGCACCCGUAGGCGUAUCAUCGCCAAGAUAGCUAAUGUAGCGUGAAGUCGGGCUAUACAUUGUAGCUAGCAUAAUAUUGUAUUUUUAGCAUUUGAUCGUUAUAUAUUGGAUUGCAAGUGCAUGACAUUGGAAAAAUUCGCGCUCCUCGAAGGUUGUAAAUAUAAUGGAAAUAUGAUGUAAAUUUAAUUUCCAUUAUAAUUACAAAGGUUGUAAAUAUCGUGUAAAUGCCCAAAAUGAUGUAAAUAUCGUGUAAUUUGGAUUUACGCGAUAUUUACAUCGUUUGGUUUUCAUCAUAUUUCCAUUAAAAUUACAUUCGUUUGUCAAAACGAUGUGAAUUUCAUUGUAAAUCGAAUUUUCACCAUUUUUACAUCAAAUUUACAUCGUUUUUACAUCGUUUUUUAAUCAAAUUUAUAGCGCGAUUUUUUCCAGUGUGAGCGUCAAAGAUCUUAUUAGUUGGCUAGCCGUAACCACGUGAAUAAAAAAGUAGGAUUUUGAACAGCAUAUUAAUUAAUUAAUUAAUAAACUAUUUAAAGUAACGCAUUCUUGUUUUCACUAUAUAUUAGAAGUAAUAUGGACAGAAUAUUACAUGCUCGCUUGAAGAUGCGAAUUGUAUCUUAUCGUGUUAAAAAUCUUUCAAUUGUUCGCGUAUAGAUGCUUACGACGUAAGCCGGAAGUGAAUUGAAAACAAUAGAAAACAAAGGAAUUUAGAUGGCAAAUAUCAAGGGAUUCCAUUCACCUGUAUUCAAGAAAAAUUGCUUGUCUGUAGGAAAAGGACAUUUGCUUGCUUCUUGUGAAAUUCGAAAAGAAUAUUUUUCAAUCCCUAAGGUUACUCCCGGUUUAUACCCGACUUCAUGCUCUAAGAGUGUCUGGCUGUUUCUACUUUCCAAUUUGUCGUUUAUAAAAUAUUGUUGUUUAUUGCAAGACUGGUUGUUGAGAAAUAAAAAUAAUAUACAUUAAAAUUGGUGUAAGUUCCUAUUCACAUCCGGCUUUACAAGGUAAACCAGCUUGGGAUCCCUGUGGUCGAGUUGGUAAAGCAACAUGAGGAACUAUACGCGACGUUGCCAGAUUCAUAUAUAGAAGAGAAGGUAGAACUAAAGCCGGUCUAGCCAUUGGCUAGCAAGACUAAUAACCGUCUUAAUUUUCAGAUGAUAUUAAUUUAGAACAUCAUCUGUUUAGAUAGAAGUGGACCUUGUAUAAUGCAGCAUAAUUCCAUUAAAUAAAUGAUAGUUUAAUUACCGUG